CACAUGGUUGCUUGUCACAGCGAAGAAGUUUCAUUCGAAGGCUUUCUGGAGGUGUAUCUGUUGUAGUUCGUGUUUUGUAAAUUAUGGCGCUUUGCCGUUUAGUUUUCCUAGCUCUAGUCUCUUGCACAUUAGCACAGGACCCGACAAUCUACUUCGUUGAGAAAUUUGAAGAGCAGAGUUACCAAGAUAGAUGGAUUGAAUCUACUUUCAAGGGAAGUGACAGUGGAAAAUUCGUGUGGACUGCUGGAAAAUUUUACGGCGAUGCCAACCUAGACAAAGGUAUUCAGACUAGCCAAGAUGCGAAGUUCUACGGCAUUUCUGCUAAAUUCGAAGAACCUUUCUCGAACGAGGACAAGACUCUUGUUAUUCAGUUUCAAGUAAAACAUGAACAGAACAUCGACUGCGGCGGUGGUUACGUUAAGGUUUAUGAUAGUAAAGUCGACCAGAAAAACAUUCAUGGCGAUACUCCAUAUCACAUCAUGUUUGGCCCUGAUAUCUGUGGACCUGGUACCAAGAAAGUGCAUGUUAUCUUCAACUAUAAAGGAAAGAACCUGCUUACUAAGAAAGAUAUCAGAUGCAAGGACGAUGAAUUUACACAUCUCUACACACUCAUUGUGAAGCCUGAUAACACUUACGAGGUGCGUAUUGAUGGCUCUAAGGUUGAGAGUGGUGAUCUUGAAUCAGACUGGGAUUUCUUGCCACCAAAGAAAAUUAAAGAUCCAGAAGCUAAGAAACCUGAGGAUUGGGAUGAUAAGCCAAAGAUUGAUGAUCCAGAAGACUCCAAACCAGAGGACUGGGACAAACCUCAGAACAUCCCUGACCCUGAUGCCAAAAAGCCUGAUGACUGGGAUGACGAGAUUGAUGGUGAAUGGGAGCCUCCCAUGAUUGAUAACCCUGACUACAAGGGAGAAUGGAAACCCAAGCAAAUUGACAACCCUAACUACAAAGGAGAGUGGGUUCACCCAGAAAUUGACAAUCCUGAGUAUCAACUAGACGACAAACUUUACAAGUAUGAUGACAUUGGAGCCAUUGGUUUUGAUCUUUGGCAGGUCAAAUCAGGAACUAUUUUUGACAACAUUCUUGUAACAGAUUCUGUUGAGUACGCUGAAACAUUUGCUAAGGAAACCUUUGAGAAGACUAAGGAAGGUGAAAAGAAAAUGAAGGAUGAACAGGAUGAAAAGGAACGUAAAGAAAGAGAAGAAGAAGAGAAGAAGGCGAAGGAAGAAGAAGACAAAAAGAAAGCUGAGGAGGAGGACGAGGAAGAGGAAGAAGAGGAGGAAGAGGAGGAAGAAAGCAAAGAAACAGAAGAGGAAGGCAAAGAAACUGAAGAGAAACCAGAAGAGGGUAGUGAAGAACCAGACACUCCAGAGACUGCAACUGAAGAAGAGGAAGAGGAAACAACAACAGCAAAGGACGAGCUUUAAUUGAAUCACAUGCAACUAGGCAUUUUUAAUGAAAGAAGAGAACUCUAUAAUGUACACAGCACCUCAUAAUGUGUGCCCUUGUUGCUAGAAAGCCGAGGCCUUUUCUCAUGAGAUGCAUUUUUAGCCUCUUUUAAAGCUUAACUUGUGAAAACAUUGAAAUGCUGUUUUGGUAAACUAUCGCAAUAUGCUGUCUACUCUUUGAAUAGUUAUUUUAUUUUCUCUUGUGAGAGAAGGCCUCAUCAUCAUUGUUCGUCAUUGCUUGUCUCAUCUUGGUUUAGAUACUAGCACUAAUUUAAUUUCAUGUUUAAUAAAAAAAAAUAAACAACUUCA